GUAUAUUUUAAGUUUUACAGUGAAACAGUUAGAAAUCGUAGUAACAGAUGUUUGGACGAAAGAAAUAGAGAAAACUAAACAAAAACAGAUUUGGUUUGUAAUUUAUGUGCGAAAUCUGUUUGCUUCAAGUCUGCCAGCUUAUUCCACGUCUCCUAAUGGGGAAGGGAAAAUAAAAUAGGAUGUGUGUGAUAGUAAUGGACACUAGUCGUAUCUGUUAACAUUAAAAGUCGCAGUAACGAUGAGAUCUGGUUGUUAUGAUUUUGCUCGUUUUUAAUCAUUUUGAUGAAAUGGCGAACCAGGUGUUAGUCAUUCGAAUUAAAAUCCCAGACGGCGGCGAUGUGGAUUGGACCGUGCACUGCGUUUCACAGCUCAUUUUCCGAGACGUCUUGGAUGUGAUUAGCCAGGUCUUACCAGACGCAACAACCACAGCUUUUGAAUAUGAGGAUGAGGAUGGAGAUCGCAUCACAGUGAGAAGUGAUGAAGAAAUGAAAGCCAUGCUGUCUUAUUAUUACAACACUGUAAUGGAACAGCAGGUGAAUGGGCAGCUGGUAGAGCCUCUGCAAAUUUAUCCAAGAGCCUGCAAGCCUCCUGGGAAACGGAACAUACAUGGCCUGAAGGUAAAUACUCGCACAGGGCCCUCUAAUAAUAGCAGCUCAGCGGUCUCGGAUUCACUGCAGAACAAUAGUUUAAAGAAGUCUUCUGCAGAGCUGAAGAAGAUCUUAGCUAAUGGACAGAUGAAUGAACAAGACAUACAGUAUCGAGAUAUCCUUGGUCAAGGCAAUGGAGGCACGGUGUACAAAGCACACCAUGUCCCAAGCUCGAAGAUUUUAGCAGUUAAGGUUAUUCCUUUAGAUAUUACUCUAGAGCUUCAAAAACAAAUUAUGUCAGAGCUAGAAAUUCUUUAUAAGUGCGAUUCGUCCUAUAUAAUAGGAUUUUAUGGUGCAUUUUUUGUAGAAAACAGAAUAUCAAUAUGUACAGAAUUCAUGGAUGGGGGCUCUUUGGAUGUAUAUAGAAAAAUCCCAGAACAUGUACUGGGGAGAAUAGCUGUUGCGGUUGUUAAAGGUCUUACCUACUUGUGGAGUUUAAAGAUUUUGCAUAGAGAUGUCAAACCCUCUAAUAUGCUGGUGAACACGAGGGGCCAGGUCAAGCUGUGUGAUUUUGGAGUCAGCACUCAGUUAGUCAAUUCCAUAGCAAAAACUUAUGUUGGAACAAAUGCAUACAUGGCGCCUGAGCGAAUAUCAGGUGAACAGUAUGGAAUCCAUUCAGAUAUGUGGAGUUUGGGAAUUUCAUUUAUGGAGCUCGCUCUGGGGAGGUUUCCAUAUCCUCAGAUUCAGAAAAACCAGGGAUCUUUAAUGCCUCUUCAGUUAUUGCAGUGCAUUGUUGAUGAGGACCCUCCAGUUCUUCCGGUCGGGGAGUUCUCAGAGCCGUUUGUACACUUCAUCACUCAGUGUAUGAGGAAGCUGCCUAAGGAGAGACCAGCUCCUGAAGACCUCAUGGGCCACUCAUUCAUCCUGCUGUACAACGACGGGAAUGCAGAAGUGGUGUCUAUGUGGGUGUGCAGGAUGCUGGAGGAGCGGCGGUCCCAGCAGGGCCUCCAGUGAGAGGCACGAGGGCUGGCACAGCAAAUUGCACCGUGCUAGCCAGCUUGAGGUGCCAGUUCAUUCAUUCAGCGCCUUUCAGGACAAGCAUCCCGCACCACCGUUACAAUUGUAUAGACAGUGACCACAGUCAGUCAGGAAAUGGGACUGCAUUCUGCAUCCGUGUACUGCCAGCUCUGGUACCUCAGUUUUCUUUUGAGUUCUUGUUUGAAGUCUUCUCUCUGCUCAGUGUAGGAGGUUGCACUGCAGGCAGUUCUGUUUAUCACUCUAACUGCUCCACAAUGUUAUUUUGCUCAGUGUGCUGUAUGUUCCUGGAGAUGCCAGAAUCUGGUGUUUUUUAAUGUAAAUCAGCACCAGUGACAGCUUGUCCGGGAGCCGAAGACAAUCUGAGGCAAAGGCGGCAGAGUGCCGAUUCAAAGAGCCUCACCUCCAGCUCACUUUUUUUCUUCUACAGCUUGGUGUUACCAGUGCUCUGUACUGACAGGAGAAGACAUGCUAUUGGUGUGAAAUGCACUCGCUGCAGUCGAUUGGAAGACAUUGUUGAAUGAAUAUCAUUCAUAUAACUAUAGCAAUCCAAAAGCAGGCUCAAAACAUGUUCUGUAAAUCUGAAAACAUUAAGAUAUAUUGUUUUAAUGUUAGCCCCACCCCCCACGCACCUUGUUUUGUUUUUGUGUUGGUAAAUGAUCUCAGUUUUGGAAACUGUGUUUUAAUCAAAAUUAAGGUUGAAUGAAGUAUGGUCCUCUCCUACUUUGAUGUGCACCAAUAGAUUACACUAUGUAACACAAUUUUUGUUCCUGGGUAGUAAGUGUUAUUUCCUAAUUGCUUAUGC